CAAUUGCAAAAAUUAUCAGAGUCAAUGCAUUUGAUAUCAAGGACUAUCAAAUUUGCCUGCGUGACUUUGGAAUCUUAAAGUACCUUCCGAGAAAAUCUAUAGCUGGGCCAUUACCCCGCUCGACAUUAUAGACUAUCGACCGCCAAAAUGAUGCAAAAUUCUUCCCGUUAAAAUUGAGGAAUUGAUAUUAGGAGAAGUGAUUGAUUCAUGAGCCUUGAUAAUGUUUUGCAGCGCCAAGGCAAAAUGAUGUUCCGGCCACGGUAACAACGCAUAACGGUACAAGAGAAAUGAUUUUCUAACGACGGAGAAAGCCAAAAUGGCUGCCUGGUCAUCCGGAAUCCAUGCAACAUGUGUGUUGUUGCUAGGUCUGUUCGUAUGUACCCGCGCGGAGUCUUGUUCAUACAAAUUCAGCGUGUGGUACCCGGAUAGAGAUGUCUUAAACAAACUUCAAGUUGUUGAAUUUAAAAUCUCAAACCUGACGUCUUACGUAGACUUGGAAAUACUGAAACUGAAGCACACAGACUUGCACGAACUGAAGUGUCUUCAAAACAGAACUCAUGUACUGGAAUUAGAGUUAAUCAAAUCAAAACUGAAAGAAUUCAAAGAAAACUCGACUAAAAAUGAUUCUAAGCUGUGUGAGGAACAACAAUUACAACUGAACAAUUUAACGGGACGUUUGAUACAAUUAGAGAACAAGUUCAUCAAGAGAGGUGGCCGGAAGUCAAGGAUCAAACACGAAAGGGCGCUGAGUGACAGUGGUCAGGUGACAAUGAACACGAUCAGAGCCUCGGUCAGUGAUCUAAGAUCGGAGUGGAUAAUGAUCAAGAGAGAUAUUUUUGAUAUUCACAAAGAAAUUGCAUACCUUAAGAAAGACCACAACGACGUCACAAACUUGACGAACCAUAUCCAGGAUACCACUGAGAUGCUAAAGAAAACAGUGGAGAACUUCAAAUCCUCACUCGAACACAGCUCACAAUCUAUCCGAAUACUUCAUUCAAAUUUCGACACCCUAAAACAAAUAGUAUCAAGCAGAAAGGAUGAGCAAUUGCAGGCUGAAUUCAAAACGAUGACCAAGGAUUUCCGUGACAUCAAAGAACAGCUACAGGCAUACAAACUGAAUGCUAGUUCUUUAGAGAAAGUGGUAGAGAAAAUGGUAUCGACGCGGUCCAUUUCAAUCAACAGGGCUACAGAAACCCCGGCAUCCAACCGGACCAUGCCAUCAGACUGCGACGAUGUUUUCACUUCUGGUCAUUCUUCAAGCGGUGUGUACAGAAUCCAGCCCACCGGAUCUCGGGACCCUUUCAAUGUCUACUGUGAUUUCUCCCAGGGAAGCCUACUGGUGAUUCAAAGACGACAGGACGGGCUUCAGAAUUUCGACAGAAACUGGUUAGAAUAUAAGUUUGGAUUUGGUAGUCUUUACGGCGACUUUUGGCUCGGCAACGAAUUAAUUUACCAAAUCACAAACCAGAGGAAAUACGGUUUGUUAAUUACUCUAGAAGACUGGGAAGGGAAGUCCGGGUGGGCGGAAUACUCGGGAUUCGAAUUAGAAGAUCACACCAAUCAGUACACGCUUCGCGUUGCUGGAUACAGUGGAAACGCCGGCGAUUCUUUAGGAUACCACAAUGGGAUGAAGUUUAGCACAGAAGACACAGAUAACGAUCUGAACAUGCGCAAUUGCGCGGCAGAGAACAGGGCGGGUUGGUGGUUCGAUUCUUGUUACCUCAGCAAUCUUAAUGGCGUCUAUCACAAGGGUUGGUACACUCAGACACAAUCUAGCAACAGUGAUGGAAUCGUGUGGUUUACGUGGAAAGAUUCUGAAAAAUAUUCGCUGAAAAAAGUUGAAAUGAAGUUGAAACGUGUUUAAUCGAGGGUGCUGGAUACAACGCGCAUUGGGAAUUCAAUACAGUAAAACAAUUCAUGUUACAGAGGAUACAAUUGAUUGUAAUUUUACAACCCAAGUGUUGUUACUGUUGAUGAAUUCAAAUUUUAUAGAAAAACAAUAAAGUAAUGUGGACAUAAAACAGAAUUUGUUUGUAGACUCAAUGGAGGUACUGAGUUGCUGAGUUUUGUCACGUGUAAGGAUUAUUUAUUAUAUACAGACAAUAAGCUAGAAGAGAUUUUGUUUUAAGUAAAUUAAAACAUUAUUAGAAUAUAAUGUAAAGAUAUUCAAAAAAUCACGUAAAAUAUAGUCAUUUUAGUGGCUAGAAGUACAUCAUUAUAUUGACGUGCACGUGACAGUAAGUGGCCAGUCUUUCCCAAAUCGAUCAGCCGCUGUUUUUACAUUAUAUAAGAGCCUAUAUACAUGUAUAUUAAACGAAAUCGUUAGAUUCUUAUCCAUCAUUAGGGAUCAACACAAUAUAUUAAGCAUUGAGGAAAAUUACAAACACUGUGUUUCUCACUGAAUCCUUUAUAGUCUUUAGAUAAAGCUUGUUUUUUUUUUAUUGUUGUUUGUUAUUGGUGCCAUGCAAAAAGCUACACGAUCGAUACAGUAUGGUUGUAUUUAAUUCUGGGGAUGUAUUCAAACACAUUAUUAAAAAA